AUGCUUGACCUUGAAGUUGUUCCAGAAAGAUCCCUGGGAAACGAACAAUGGGAGUUUGUUUUGGGCAUGCCAAUCUACCAAGCAGUCAAUAUAUUAAGACGACAAGAUCGUACAAUAAAAGGUGUACAAGUAUGGUACAGUGAUCAGGUUUGUACGUUCCUAAUAUUUUAUUUUGUUUGA